UACUUUCUGUACCUUUCACACGGGUAAUUUUAUCCCUUUUUUCUUUCCCCUCUAAUCGUUUGUAUGGUUGCACUGAGAAAUGUUUGUUUCCCACAAAAUUUACUAAUCCAGAAGCUAUCUAUCGAUUGGUAAAGCAAUGUUGAUUGUGGGUUUCUGUAGGUAUUAGUCGAGAAUUUCGUAAGCAUGUCUUGUGUAUUAUGUUACACAUGUCUUAUCAGCUGCAGACAAAAACUACGCUUAUACACAGACACAGUGUCAUCAUUAUCGAAAAUAAGCUUGUCGUUUUAAUCAAUUAAACUCAAUAUUAUCAUUGACAAGGAAAUAUAGGUAAAGUUUUGUCUCGUAAUCAUCCAGUCGCUCUAUGCAUAAUCUAUAACUGCUGCACAAGUCUACUUGCUGAGUGAGUCAUCCGUUCAUCCAGUGUACUUAGAGGAAGUUGGAGGUCCGUAUUUGUCUUCCGCUUUCGACUGCACGAUAAGUAUUGGUAAGCCAUGAUCGUGUUUUUCUGAUGCGGCAGUCAGAUUCAAUAAAGAUUUUCCAUAAUCCCUAUUGUACGGUCUUGCACCUUUGUUCAAGAGCAUCAUUCAUCUCAUGCGAACCGUAGACUAUCAGAUAUAAUUUCGACUGAAGUAUCAGUUUUAUUGGUUUAGAUACCCAAUUUGUUGAUAGACAACAGCCGAAAAUUUAUGGACACCAUUUAUGAUCGUGUUUCUGCGCUAAUUGUCCCUUGCGCUUGACCCAUGUAUUUUUUUUGUCACUGUAGCUACGCAGAAUGCCACGCCGUUCCAACGCUAAUUCGGACGAAAGUCCAGUGACCAGACGUACUAGUGCUCGAAUUGCUGCUGCUCAGGCAGCGUCCCCUGCCAAGUCUCCAGCCAAAUCUCCCCGUCGUAAACGGCAGUCUACUGAACCAGCUAAAACGGUUUCUGACGACACUGAGUCACAACAGUCACAAGUCAAGAGUGAGAGUAGUAUGGAGGAGCUGAAUGGUAUCGAUACCAGUUCUGUAAAGGAUACUGAGCUAACUCAUGAUCUAGUGGAAAUACCUCAUAAAAAAACCAAGGUUGAUAAAGAAUCAGACGAUGAUCAUUUGUGUUCCGAUCACGAGAAGACUGAAGUUGAGCUACUGAAGGGGAAUGACACGGUCGUAAAUCAAACUCAAGAUUUAAACACAACCUCUACCGACUUCGAAGUCGUCGAACAUAGUUCAGUACCACCACCUGACAGUGCCGAGGUCCAAGCAGCCAUCUCGGCGCAAGGUGAGGACGGUCAGUUAUUGGUUGGAUUUGUGCAAGUGAAUAAGGAUGAGUUACCGCCCCCUAAUAGUUUGGAAACAAAACAAGUUUCAGCCACUUUGGAGUCAUGUAAUGAAACAGUGACAUGUGGCUCAGAAAGUGUUAAAAGGACGGAUCCUAAUGUAGAACCGUGUGUGAAUAACCUAAAUGGCAAUUUUGGGUCCCAAGAGUCUAGUAAAGAUGAACCUUCGAAACCCAAUGGCACCGUACAUGUUGAAGCUCACCACAAAACUCCCGUUCCUAUUGAAGAACCAGUUAUCCAACCACUUGUUGCUCCUGUCACUGGAGAUAUUGUUCUCGAUGCUGUACCCGAAGUGGUUUCUCAGCAGUAA